AAUAGCGAGGCUACUGCGCAUUGAGGGGACGGCCGGUGUUUCGCUGGGCUUUCGCGCAGAUGAAAUGACUCUCUGCGUCUCUCUGGCGCUGUCAAAAAAGCCGAACUGCAGCGGUGCCUGAAAAAAAGAAAGCGCCAUCCUAGCUGCGGAUAACUUGUGCUAUUCGGAGCCUUUCUAUAUAUCCUUCCAGAGGGAGAGGAGGAGGAAGAAGCCGGCCGGCCGACUCUUUCUAGCUAGCUGGCUGGCUAGCCAAGGUCGGAUGCAAGUAAACAACCGAUAAAAAGAAAGCACUAGCCGGGGCGUAGCGAGCCGUAUGGGUCCUGCGUACUCAAAAAAGCCCCCCAUUUCCACACGGGAAGCUGCGCUGUGUCUGUGCUGUUAAGGAAGGGAGGGAGGUGGACCGGGGAGACAGCUAGCUAGAGAGAAGGGGACGGUGGACGCUGGUCCUGCUCCUGCUCCGCCGCGUCCUGAAGCCUCUCGACUCUCGACUUCCACGCCCUUUUUUGCCUGUUUGUUUUUUGCACACUGUGGAUGUCUGCGCGCUUUGACAGAGACUCGUGUUGCGAGCUGCAGCGGCGAGGGGCCUGCUGCCGCUGCCCCCAUCAACAAACACUGCGAACACCGCGGCUCCGUCCAAGCGUCGUUGGCUUUGCAGAGGUUCGCAGCUGGCUGGCCGCCUGCUUACGGACAUUGCGUACGACCGCAGCGUACGAUACGGCCGUUGGAGAAGCUCGGGUGACAUUGCAGAGGCUCUCCUCUGCGUGCGUGGUGCGUUCGUUCGUAGUCCCACACACUUUCCCGCACACUCCCUAGUUAACCUAACUCCCUACAGCCCCCCCUCAGCUCUCCGCCCCACCGCCCCCCCCCCCAGUCAAACUACUCCGGGUGUUAGCUCGCUAGCUACGCCGCUCGUCGGACGGGAGCGGGAGGAGGAGGGAAGAGGAAAGAAGGAGGAGGGAAAGGUGGAGCAUCGUCCGUCGUACGCCCUGACGCAGUGGGACUUUUACGUGUGGUCGGCGUUUCCCCCCGCCCUUCCCGCGGUGACGGUGAUGGGUCGGAAGCGGUGUGUCGGUGCAGAUUGUUCGAAGAUGGCGGCCGGGUGCUGCGGGGUGAAGAAGCAGAAGUUGUCGGGAUCCCCCGGCUCGGGGGGGCCCGGCGGGGCGGGGAGCGGGGUGGCAGGGGCCGGACACUGCGGAUCGGACUUGGGGAUCGGGUCCUCCUCCACCGUGGUGGCCGGCAGCGUGAAUCGGGUGAACGGCCUGGGGGGUCCUGGGGGUAGCGGCGGCAGCAGCGGCGGCGGAGGAGGAGGCAGCAGCGGCAACUCCACCGCUCUGUCCCCAACUCCGGGAGGCUACAACUCUACCGGCCUCUCUCCGAACCUCAGCCCCGGUCCUGGCUCUGGAAGCGGGGCCAGGAAGAUGGUAGUGUCGGCGGAGAUGUGUUGCUUCUGCUUCGACGUGCUUUAUUGCCAUCUAUACGGAUACCAGCCUCCCCGAACACCCAGGUUUACAAACGACCCCUAUCCACUGUUUGUCACUUGGAAAAUAGGCCGGGACAAGCGGUUAAGGGGUUGUAUAGGUACAUUUUCUGCCAUGAACCUGCACUCAGGACUCAGGGAGUACACCCUUACCAGUGCCCUUAAAGACAGCCGCUUUCCCCCUAUGACGAGGGACGAGCUGCCGCGCCUCUUCUGCUCAGUGUCUCUGCUCACCAACUUUGAGGAUGUUGGUGAUUACCUAGACUGGGAGGUGGGUGUUCACGGCAUUAGGAUAGAAUUUUUCAAUGAAAAAGGAUCAAAGCGCACCGCCACCUACCUGCCAGAGGUUGCGAAGGAGCAAGGAUGGGACCACAUUCAGACCAUAGAUUCCUUACUUCGAAAGGGAGGUUACAAAGCCCCCAUCACAAAUGACUUCAGGAAGACCAUCAAAUUGACCAGGUACCGUAGCGAAAAGAUGACCAUGAGCUACGCGGAGUACAUCGCCCAUCGCCAGCAUCACCACUACCAGAACGGCAUCGGGCACCCUCUCCCCCCCUACAACCAUUAUUCCUGACAGCGAGCCGCAUGACCAGUCACUGGACCUCUCCGCGGACCUCUUCCCGGGAGAGCCUGCCCCCUCAUGGUCUAGCUAUCUCUACUACUGUACCAUUUUAUGAUGAUAGUUUCCGUUGUCAUGCCAACAGUCUCCAUGAUGGCGGCAUGGCAGCGGGUGGCAGAGAAGCAUCACAGUUGUGACGCAGAAAAAAUCAUUUAUUUUCUCCUUUUUAUCCUUUUCUAUUAAUUUAGUUUUUGCAGCAUAUAUAUCGACUUAUAACCCCUUUUUUCUUAUUUUUUUAAGCAAAUAAACAAGUACUACGUUUAUUGUUUUUUUCAACAAUCCUAAUCAGGUUUUUGAGUCUGUGGAUGGAAAUGAGUCAUAUUAAUGAGGGGCUAGUCUUUUUGCUCUUAAGUUUAUGUAUGCUCAACUUAAGUCGGAUGAAUGCUACACAUUUUUUGCCCAGGACGCAGCCACUUAACUGAUAUUCUUGAUGUGAUGAGCAUCAGUAGCGUGUCGCCAUGCACUGAUGAAUGUACACCCUUUCUUCCAAGGCAGAAGUAAUUGUGACAGCAGUGCAAAAACCAAAUGCAAAAAAAAACAGAAAAUGGCAUCGUUGAAGCAGGUGGAAAAAAAAGCAAUGCUUUUUGAAAUAUGCAUGAGUGGCAAAUGAUUGGCUGAGUUAAAAUGCAGAAUCAGUUUGUCGCUCAGUUCAGACAGUUUUGUUUAGAUACUAGACAUGUCAGAAAAGGCAAACGAUCCAUAAAGGCAUUGGUUGAGAGCUCUGACUUUGUAACUGUUAAAAAAAAAAAAAGAGGCUGUAACUGAAGCUUAAGUUGUGUAGUGUCCACUCGGCUCUUAGUUUUCCAGGGCAGCGUUGUUGCUUUGUUUGCUUUUAUCAUUUUCUUUAGUUGGUUUUUAUGUGUGUAGAACAUGUAGGCGAUCCCAGAGUUCCAGUUAUUUUUCUUUCCUCUCUGUGUGAUUGAUUUCCUCUAUAAAUUUGCUUGACCGUUGUGAGGGGUGAUUUUUUGAAAUUGUGAAUUGUUGUUGUGGGUUUUAGAGCUGUUUUGCUCUGUAACUGUGAAGUUAGCCAAAGACGGACUAGCUUAGGAGCAGUUUGCUUUUCUUUUCCUCUGUGUGUGGCGUUACAUGUGCGUUAAUGUGUGGACGAACCCGUAACUCGUAAUAAGAAACUGCUAGAUUAAGUUAGCUAUUGGAAAUUCCAAAAUAUUAUCCGCAAUGCCAGAGAGAGCCACUCUUCGCAUUGAUGGUGUUCUGGAACAUCUUUGAAUAGAAUCCAUUUGGCUUGGAUGAACAGUCAACUUGUUUUUUUGUUUGUUGUGGAAAAGAGAGAGAGAUAAAAAAAAAAAAAGUGAAAGCCAUUGUGUUUAGUGUUGGUUGUUCAUUACCCGUUCUGUUCGUUAAAUUGUUUCUUCAAGCUCUUUCAAAUUAUGGUAAAAGAUAGUAAAAUUACAGAUCGUUUCAUUGUUCUUAGAUAAGAAAGUCAGUGUUGUGGAUAUGUGAGGGUGGGCUCUCUCCGUUUGCUAUCAAAACCAGCAAAUAUUAGUACACCUGAAGUGUUAGCAUGUGUAGUUUGUGGCUAGCGGGCUGCUAACACAUUGUUGGCAUUCCCCCAGUCAGUCAGCCACCUUUCUCUAAAACCUUUGUUUCUGUCACACGGAGAGGAAAACGUGCAAGAGACUUAGUUCUAACGACAGGGACAAGUUGAACAAAAAAGCCAUACUCUUUGUAGUGCAUGCUUUGUCAGGGUGGUUGCUUGAGUCCGUUUUUUUUUAUUUCUUAUUAAAAGUGGGAAUUUGUUUACUUGGAGUUGGAAUCUUCACCCCUAAAGGCCGCGAUGGUUGAGGCUUUUCUUAGACCAGAAAAAUUGAACUGAAUUUUCUGGUGUGGUCCUGUGGAGAAAGCAACUCUUACCACCUGGUAUUUGGCUGAUUUGGCGGUACUGUGGUUCCGGCAGUCAGUCCGAAUCUUUGUGGUCGAGCCGAAACUUCCGCAGAAUUAAAGUUCUUAAGAUGUUACCUCACAUUCGAGAAGUUCAUGCCAAACCACCACGACACCUCAUGAUGCUGGGCAUGAGCAAUGUUUACAUCCACAAUCCAAACGCCACAAGCUUGACGAAUGGUUGCCAUAAUCCAGUAGGUUAUUUUGCGAAUCCUCGCGUCGAGCACGUGCAGCUGUUCUGGUGGCCACACUCGUCAUAACUCGUGUGCUGUUCAGAAUAACUGCAUCUUUUUUUCGCUCUGCCAUGAAAUGCUGGAAUGUUUUCAUCAUGUCUUUGUCUGCAGGUAUUCACUGUUUAGUCUGACUUUUCGUUUAGAUGGUCUUUUCUGAGCAAGUUGGGGGGUUUUCUUCCAUAAAUGUCUUGGAACCCGUUCAGAAGAAUUAUAUGCGAUUUAAAAUAAAGGAAAAAAAAUCAUAUUUUUGGGCAUGCAUAGUUUCAUCAUUCUGUAGACAAAACCUCCUGCUCUUAGUAGAUUCAGUGCAGAACAAAGCAUUUGAGAUUCAGACACUUGAUGAGGCUGAGACGCUUUUAAUAGCGGAGGACUCUCUUUCUCUCUUUGUUUUCAUAUGCAAAAUGUUAAGGGCUUUUUUGGUGUUCCAUCCACAGUCAUUCCCAGCUUUUGAAACCCAAGAAAAACACCCUCAUUUCAGUUGUGUUGCCUUAACAAUGGUUUGAAUAAAUGUGGACCAGCAAAAUGUUGCCCUGAAGGUUCAACGCGGUUUGCGCCGUUGUUGUUUAGUCAUGACUGAAGAGCACUGUUUUGACUCCCACCGUUACACUGCAAGAACUGUGAGGGCCAGCAACCUCAGAUUUGUGUCAGCAGAAAGUGUGAAGUGUGUUUUUUCUGCUUGCUGGACUUGUUAAGCUGUCUCAAAGGCGUUUGCUUUUUUCCAGCGAGGCCUCACGUUGCCCAGCUGUGACUGUUUUUUUUUUCCCCAUUUGAUCCCUUACUAUGUUACAAAAACCACUGAAAAACAUGUCAGUAUGUUUUGUCUGCCUCCAAACAAGCCCGAAAACUUCUUAUUCAAACAUACUGUUGCGGGUGUAUUAGUUCAGAAGCUACUGUUGGUUAUCUUUGUCCCCUUUUAGACCCCUCCCUUCCCCUGAACUGAACUGUUGAACGGUCAGGUCACCAUUUUCUGGUCCACGGUCAACUACAGCACAAACUGAAUCCUUUUUUUUUCUGCUGCAAAACCAAGUACACCGAGUCUUGUUGCGUACAUGCAUAACUAAUGUAUACACCUCUGCGAUACAUUUGUUGCAUGUAUGUAUAGAGGACCUCCUGUUGAAUCAUGGCAUGUUUGUUCCACUGCUAGAGAAUAUUGAUGAGGAGAAAAAAAAGACAAUAUAAAAUGGUGCUACUGGACCUCAUUGUCGGGGGGUGGUCGCAGUUAAAUGUGACUGGUCAUGCGGACUCAUCGAUCAUAUCAGACUUAUUCUUAUCCUUGAUAUAUGCAGAUCUGUUUUACAGGUGUUUUUUUUUUUUUUCUUUUUUUGUUUGUACCAGUGUAAAAAAAAAAAAAAACGUUGAAAUUUCCUGCAGGUUUGAAAGGACAAGGAGUCACAAGUCUAAACCCCAUCCUUCCCUCAUGGCCUGGGGGAAACGGGCAUACGCUUCUCAACUCAUCUGUUGUGCUUAAGAUUGCUUAAGGAUUGACCGAUUCAUGCUCAGCCCACAAAGGUGUACUUUCCUGGCGACUGCUGAGAGGUGGAAAACAAGGCUUAGACUGUAGACUGUUGGCAAAAUCCCAUUUGAUGUAGACCUAGAGAAAUUGUAGUGCAGUUCGUUUAGCGUUGCAACACCAAGUUUUAAGGGUGCUUUCACUUUAGACUCUGUUUGGUCAGAUCCGAAAUAGCUGGUGUGAAAGGUGCUGUGAAACUACAAUCUGGACCAAAGCAUCAAAAGGUCCGGCAAAAGCAGGUGGUCUCUGUCUGGGUCAGCUGCUGAACUAGUGAGCUUGACUGCAUCAUUGUGGUUUAUGGUUGUAAAAUAGCGAUAAAGACCUAAUGUUGAUGAAUGCUUGAUAUAAUGACCCCCUGACCUACCAAACAAACACCUCCUUCUCCUGUACACACUCAUACAAAAUAUAUAUACAUAUACAUUACUGUACAUUACACACUUUUACAUACAAUAAAACUGAGCUAUGCAUUACAGUUUCUCAGGUUGCCAAUGUCCAGUGAAGCUUGUCUGACCUGGCAACAGUAGCUAAGAAAGAUUAGUGUAUUUGUGUGGCGGAGCAUGGAGAGGGUCAUUAGGACUGAGGACACCACUCUAGGUCCCUAUGAUUUAUGAUUAUUCACCUUUACAUCCAUUCUGUUAUGCAGGUUUUCAUUAUUGUGGUUCCUUGUAUUAUGAACUAGCGCUCGGCUCAGCCAGCCGUGGAAGACGUUGCUUAAAAAGACGUGGCCAAAAGAACUUCCCUCAGUCAGGCCUAACUGCUCUAUACAUCCAACAAAGUAAAGUUUGUUGAGUUUAGUAAAGGACGAGAUAGUUAGUAGUGGGUAUUUGGUGUUUCGACAGAUGCCAUUGUGCGGAAAACUCUGAACCAUAUGGAAAUGCAUGUUUCUGAGCAGCUCUCAGAACCCGUUCCAUUAUGGACAAUGCCAUAACGUAAACUACACUAUGCUGCUCAUCUCAUAGUACUGUUACAUCCAGCCAAACCCCUGCCACGCCUCUGAAAGAUGGCUAGGGAAUUUCUCACAAGUUUCCAGUCAAGAUCUCUCUCCCUCUCUCUCUCUCUUUGUCUCACACUCUUUGAAUACUUGAAGGCUUGUUCGAGUGUCAGCGAAGUAGUCCACUUUGGAAAAUGCACUUUGGGGAUAUGGUUUAAUUCUACAGUCCCUGGCACUAGUGGUUGCUGGGCCCAAAGCAUUCGAACACAUUAAAGCUAAAGGAAACUGACAACUGUCUUACUGUCGCACCAUUUAGGCAAAGAUGAGUUGAAAGUAUGCUCGUUGGUAGCAGUUUUUCACUGUCCAUCACACGUUCUGCCCCUGAGAAUGACCUUCUCCUUCCUCUGCUCGGUCCUCAACACAGUUAGGUAUUUGCAACCAUUCACUCUGAACGAAAUGCAGAGUACGAAGGUUUAGGUCCUGCUUCCCAUACUUGGAAUGUGUAGGCUCACGUUACCUUUGUGUGUUCGACCGAACCAAAGAUGCCUCCAGCCAUGUCCAAAUGCUGCUCAAAAGACCUGCCUUCCUGUCCUUCCAAAAAAACACCCCUGCAAGAGAAAUGUCUUUUUCUGUGUUUUUCUUUUACUUUAUUAUUAUUUUUUUAAAGACAAUUUCUAACAUUCUUUUAGGGUUUUAGCAACCUAAGUUCAAUGAUUUACAUUGUAGCCGUCAUCGACACCGUACUAGGUGUGGGUGACUGUGUAAUCCUAGGUUGCACAGUUUUAUGUUUUGUUUUUCAUUGUUGUUUAUUGUUAUUAUUAUUAUUAUUAUUAUUAUUAUUAUUAUUAUUAUUAUUAUGUAUAUUUUUAAAAAAAGAAAACCCCAUAGCGUGCCUCUUAGAUUCAUGGGUUUCUUAAUGUGUUUUUUCCUAAGACCAGCAGUUAUACUUUAUAUAAAAAUGCGUUGAUCCUUAUUUUUAAAUGCCAUUUAAAGAAAAAAAAAAGAUGAAGCCUCUUUUCUUUACUCUGGACCCAGUAGCAGCACUGGUAUACAAUCGCACUGAUAGAUAAAGAAAAAAAAAAGUAUAAAUAAUAAUAAUAAUAAAUGACAUGAAUAAGAUCUACAAUAAACUUGUGUUUUGAGAACAUUUUGUAAAAAAAAUACACAAAAAAAAACAACAAAAAAGUAAACAAAAUGACUGUUUUUGUACAUCAAAAGUUGAUUCUUUUCAAAAAAAAAUAUUUUGGAUCUAGUUUCUAAAUUAUUUUAGUGGUUUUCUAUGUUCUGGAACUGAUUGACUGAUUGACGAUUUGUGCAGCAUUGGCACAGCGGGCUCCGGGGUUGCCUGGCGUAGCCCCUCAUACCCACCGGUUUCUUUUCAUUCUUUAUAUUUUGAGUUUGGAUUCUCUCUUUCUGCUUUAGUAACUUGAAAUUGUUGAUGAAAUAAUGACCUGGGGGAAAAAAAGGACCCUCCCCUGUAGAACUAGACCUUUCUCUCCUUCCCCAUUAAAUUUGCUGUUAGUGUGAUGAGACUUGAAAUGGGCAUUUAUUGAGACUAUGAUAGUAUGGCUCCAAAAAUAAAAAUAAAAAAAGUAGAAAACUGACAAAAUCAAUAAAAAAAUGUGUGUUGGGGGGGGGGGGGGGGGAAUCUUAUAUAUCGGUGGAUUAUCAGUGGGUAUGUGAGCUAUGGCUGUGGCGAUGAUAAUGUAGUUUUAAACAUUGUUAUUACCUUUUAAAUCAUUUAUCCAAUAAAAUUUCUGAAAGAGCAACAUUUAA